AUGCUUCAGGAUAGAUGCUGGAAUAUUGUCUCCUUGUGGACGAUACCCAUUUUCAUCGGCGACGUAUUGGACUACAACAUCUUUACCAUCAUCACCAUGUACAAGAAAAUGUUCACUAAAUUCUUAAUCGUUACUCUUGCAGUCUACAUUGUAGCUGCUGAUGAAGUGGGAAUCCUCCAUCAAGAAUCUGAAUUCAAUCAAGAUGGUUCUUACAAAUUCAGCUAUGAAAGCCAAGAUGGAACCAAAGUUUCAGAAGUUGGAUCAGUAAAAAAUGUGAAUAACGUAGAUGUUCAUGUAGCUGAAGGAUCGUAUUCCUACCAUGGUGAUGAUGGCAAAGAUGUUGUAGUUCAAUACGUCGCCGAUGAAAAUGGAUACCGUCCACAAGGAGACAAUAUUCCUGCAUCCAUCCUGAAGAACUUGGAGGUUUUAGCAACUGCUAAACCGGCAAAAGAAAAUUAA